ACACCCAGGGGGGACGCCAAGGGAGCAGGACGGAGCCAUGGACCCCGCCAGGAAAGCAGGUGCCCAGGCCGUGAUCUGGACCGCAGGCUGGCUGCUGCUGCUGCUGCUGCUUCGCGGAGGAGCGCAGGCCCUGGAGUGCUACAGCUGCGUGCAGAAAGCAGAUGACGGAUGCUCCCCGAACAAGAUGAAGACAGUGAAGUGCGCGCCGGGCGUGGACGUCUGCACCGAGGCCGUGGGGGCGGUGGAGACCAUCCACGGACAAUUCUCGAUGGCAGUGCGGGGUUGCGGUUCGGGACUCCCCGGCAAGAAUGACCGCGGCCUGGAUCUUCACGGGCUUCUGGCGUUCAUCCAGCUGCAGCAAUGCGCUCAGGAUCGCUGCAACGCCAAGCUCAACCUCACCUCGCGGGCGCUCGACCCGGCAGGUAAUGAGAGUGCAUACCCGCCCAACGGCGUGGAGUGCUACAGCUGCGUGGGCUUGAGCCGGGAGGCGUGCCAGGGUACAUCGCCGCCGGUCGUGAGCUGCUACAACGCCAGCGAUCAUGUCUACAAGGGCUGCUUCGACGGCAACGUCACCUUGAUGGCAGCUAACGUGACCGUGUCCUUGCCUGUCCGGGGCUGUGUCCAGGAUGAAUUCUGCACUCGGGAUGGAGUAACAGGCCCAGGGUUCACACUCAGUGGCUCCUGCUGCCAGGGGUCCCGCUGUAACUCUGACCUCCGCAACAAGACCUACUUCUCCCCUCGAAUCCCACCCCUUGUCCGGCUGCCCCCUCCAGAGCCCACGACUGUGGCCUCAACCAUAUCUGUGGCCUCAACCACGUCUGUCACCACUUCUACCUCUGCCCCAGUGAGACCCACCUCCACCACCAAACCCAUGCCUGCCCCAACCAGUCAGACUCCGAGACAGGGAGUAGAACAUGAGGCCUCCCGGGAUGAGGAGCCCAGGUUGACUGGAGGCGCCGCUGGCCACCAGGACCGCAGCAAUUCGGGGCAGUAUCCUGCAAAAGGGGGACCCCAGCAGCCCCAUAAUAAAGGCUGUGUGGCUCCCACAGCUGGAUUGGCAGCCCUUCUGUUGGCCGUGGCUGCUGGUGUCCUGCUGUGAGCUUCUCCACCUGGAAAUUUCCCUCUCACCUACUUCUCUGGCACUGGGUACCUCUCUUCCCAUCACUUCCUGUUCCCACCAUGGGACUGGGCUGGCCCAGCCCCUGUUUUUCCAACAUUCCCCAGUAUCCCCAGCUUCUGCUGCGCUGGUUUGCGGCUUCGGGAAAUAAAAUACUGUUGUAUAUAUCC